AUGGGCAUCCUCACUCUAAUCGAAGACAGGCCUACGCCGCCUUCGGUCUACAACUGGAGAGUGUACGUGUUGGCAAUUGUUGCUUCAUGUGGCUCCAACAUGAUUGGGUAUACCAGCGCCUUCAUCGGAACCACCAUCACCCUCGAUUCAUUCAGAAAAGAGUUUGGAAUCGACCAGAAGAGCGCAGAGGAGCGGAACUUAAUCAGCGAGAACAUCGUCUCGCUCUUCAUCGCCGGUGCCUUCUUCGGCGCACUUCUUACAUAUUUACUCAGCCAUUGGAUCGGCCGCAAGUGGUGUCUGUCUAUCGCAUCUGCUACCUUCACCCUUGGAGCUGGUCUUCAGUGUGGUGCAAACUCAAGUACCGGAUUGGGCAUCCUAUAUGCUGGCCGUGUUCUUUCUGGUCUCGGAACCGGUAUCGCAUCCAAUAUUAUCCCGAUUUAUCUAUCUGAGCUUGCACCUCCUGCAAUUCGAGGACGACUUGUCGGUCUUUACGAGCUUGGUUGGCAAAUUGGUGGCCUGGUGGGCUUUUGGAUCAACUACGGAGUUGAGAAACACAUGCCUGAGAGCCAUCAGCAAUGGAUCGUCCCCUUUGCUGUUCAGAUCAUCCCAUCUGGUCUUUUGUUCCUCGGUACACUGUGGCUUCGAGAAUCACCUCGUUGGUUGUUCCUCAAGGACCGUAGAACACAAGCCAUGAAGAACCUCUGUUGGAUUCGACAAUUGACGCCGACUGACAUCUAUAUCACCGAAGAGGUUGCAGCCAUCGACCAUGCUCACGAGGUUCAGAAACACACUGUCGGUCUUGGGCUGUGGAAGCCUUUCCAAGCUCUUGCUCAGCGACCGAACAUGAUGUACCGACUCUUCCUCGGAUGCAUGUUGUUCUUUUGGCAGAAUGGUUCUGGAAUCAAUGCCAUCAACUAUUACUCUCCCACUGUCUUCUCAAGCAUUGGUGUUCAGCGUGAUACAGUCAACGUAAUGACGGGUGUCUUUGGCGUCGUCAAAGCCGUCAUGACUUUCGUCUGGCUUUUGUUCCUGGUUGAUCAGCUUGGUCGACGCAAGUUGCUUCUGAUCGGUGGUAUCACAGGCUCCAUCUGCAUGUGGGUUUUGGGCGCAUACAUCUACAUCGUCGACCCUACCAAAAAUCCACAAGACCAUCUGACUGGCAGUGGUAUCGCUGCUAUUGUGUUCUUCUACCUCUGGACGGCUGUUUACACGCCCACCUGGAAUGGUACACCGUGGGUCAUCAACUCUGAAUUCUUUGACCCCAGCUUCCGUUCACUUGCUCAAGCUUGCACAACCGCAAGCAACUGGUUGUUCAACUUCCUCGUCUCACGUUUCACUGAGCAGAUGUUUGCGGCAAUGGGCUACGGUGUGUACAUGUUCUUUGCGACACUCUCAUUCUUCGCGUUCAUCUUUGCCUUCUUCUUGAUUCCUGAGACUAGUGGUAUUCCUCUGGAGCAAGUCCACCGUCUAUUCAAGAUCAAGCCAAUCUGGAAGGCGGAGGGCAUUCUCAAGGAGCAGUUGAAACAGGAGGAACAGCAGUUCCGGCACGAUGUCAAGGCCGAUGUGAGCCAGACUGAGAAUUUGGAGGAUUCAGACAAGGUUUGA